AGUUUUUCGAGUUCACAAUAAUUAUUGUUGCUUUCAGUUCACCUACUCUAUACGCAGUUUAAUAAAACACUACUUUCUAGUUCGUACUCGAGGAAAUACAGUACUAUCAUUUUAUACCUUAACUAAUAAAUGUCUUGAAUUUGUUUUUAAUUUUCGAGUAACUGCGCAAAAGUGAUUUUUUUACGGAUACGGUUCUUGACACGACAUAAAAAUGUUGGAUCAAGAAAAUCAGCAUAAUCUGCCAAAUGGGAUUGAACCUAAUAGAUCAUUUCAAGAUAAAACAGUUAUUAAAGAUAAUCAAAAUGAAUCUCUAGAUAUAUCACUAGCUGAUUUUAAUGUGUCCCAACUUGCAAAUAAAUUAGAAUCUUUGGCUUUAGCAACACCACAGACAAUUAAAACUAAACCAGCAAACACAGUUUUUGAAAAAGAAUUUGAUUUAAAGGAUCGUUCUGAUUCAACAGAUUCUGAAAGUGGAAGACCAUUAAUUUCCAAUAAUAGUUCUAUUUAUAGAUCUUUUAUAGCUGACAGUGUUGAAAAUCUAGAAUUAGAACUUUCAUCUACUUUAUGUCAUGAUGAAUUAAAUAAAAACUGCAGUAAUAUUGAAUCUUUCCAUGAAACCUUAUCAUCUGUGAAUUUAGAUUUAGUCAGUUCUGAGUUUGACGAUUCCCAAAAUUUAUUACACCAAUCAACAUUGGAUAAUACAAUAAACAUAUCAGACUAUAAAAAUUUAGAAACAAAAAAUAACAGUUCUAUGGAUGGUUUAGAAGCUGAGAUCAAACUUCAGCAAUUAAAUAUAUCAGAAACUAAUAUCAAAAAUUCUAGUGAAGCUGGUCCAGUAAUAGCUGAAGGUUUUACACCUGCUGUUGGAAUUAUAUUUUUUGAUACACAAAAGUAA